GAAAGCGUGGCUGUCCACAACAACGUGGAGUUGCAGCUACACGCUUGGUAGACACUUGACACACAGAGAGGAAACGAUUGGAGCUUACACAAACACGCCGGUCGAAAGAAUGUGCAAAGGUCACAGCGGCUUUUCACUAUCGACUGUGUGGGUCUGUGUUUGUCCACUCGGUGUGUAUGCCGGCUUUGUUUUCACCGUCAGCUGUCAAUGUUCUUGUCAGACCUACAAGCACGUCUCACAGAUGGAAAGAUGAGAGGAUGCAGCAGGAAGUGGAUGUGAGACUGAGCCCCACCUGAGCCCUCACCACCCGCCCCCGCCCCCUCCCGGCCGUCCCAUCAUGCACAUGCCGUUUCGAGGUCGUCUGAAGCUGCUGGUGGCAUCUCUGACCGCCGUCAUCCUGCUCACCUGGCUCUACCUGCUGGCUGGGAACCUGGAGAAUGGGCGUUCUCUCCUCCUGUCCCCCUGUUUGUCAGAGACCCCCGAGGCACGGGUCCUAGAGCGGGCGGUUCUAGAGUCGCGGGUGCGCGAGAUGGAGGAGGAGAACCGGCAGAUCCGCCUGCAGCUCAGCCAAUUGCAGGGCACGGCCGGCCAGCCCGCCGACGGUGGUAACUAUGGCAACGCGGCGUGGGGGGCGUCAGCUGACACUGGGCCCGAGGAUGUGGAGAACACGGCGGAGGAGAGAGCCAAUCACACAGAGUGUCCCCGUUCGCCCACCGUACUGAAGUGUGAGCUGAUCCAUGUAGCGUGCGUGUGUGCCGGUCACAACGCCAGCAGAGAUGUGGUCACCCUGGUCAAGUCCAUCCUGUUCCACAGGAAAAACCCUCUCCAUUUCCACUUCAUCACAGACGCAGUAGCCAAUCAGAUCCUGAGUUCUCUGUUCCAGUCCUGGAUGGUUCCAUCUGUACAAGUUAGCUUCUACGACGCAGAUGAACUCAAGUCUGAGGUGUCAUGGAUACCUAACAAGCACUACUCAGGUAUCUACGGCCUGAUGAAGCUGACCCUAACCAAAGCGCUGCCCUCUGACCUCACAAAGGUCAUAGUCCUGGAUACGGACAUCACCUUCGCCACCGACAUCGCUGAGCUCUGGGCCAUCUUCAGGAAGUUCACUGACAAGCAGGUGAUAGGUCUGGUGGAGAACCAGAGUGACUGGUACCUGGGGAACCUGUGGAAGAACCAUAAACCCUGGCCCGCCCUGGGACGAGGCUUCAACACUGGGGUCAUCCUGCUCUACCUGGAGAGGCUGCGACGGAUUGGCUGGGAGCAGAUGUGGAGGCUGACCGCCGAGAGAGAGCUAAUGAGCAUGCUCAGUACCUCGCUGGCUGACCAGGACAUCUUUAAUGUGUUCAUUAAGCAGAACCCAGUCCUAGUGCAUCAGCUGCCCUGCUUCUGGAACGUUCAGCUGUCUGACCACACACGCUCCGAACAGUGCUACACAGAGGUGUCUGACCUCAAGGUGAUCCACUGGAACUCUCCUAAGAAACUUCGUGUGAAGAACAAGCAUGUGGAGUUCUUCAGGAACCUCUACCUAACCUUCCUAGAGUACGAUGGGAACCUACUGAGACGAGAGCUGUUUGGCUGCCCCAGCCAUGCCACCUCAGAGAGUGUACAAUUACAAGGAGCUCUGGAGGAGCUGGAUGAAGACGACCAGUGUUAUGACUUCCGGCGGGAGCGAAUCACAGUGCACCGCGUGCACCUCUACUUUCUGCAGUACGAGUACACGCCCACCGGGGACGACACGGACGUCACGCUGGUCGCACAGCUCUCCAUGGACAGGUUACAGAUGCUGGAGGCCAUAUGUAAACACUGGGAAGGCCCUAUCAGCUUGGCCUUGUACAUGUCAGACGCCGAGGCCCAACAGUUCCUGCGUUACGCCCAGGCCUCCGAGGUGCUGAAGAACCGUAAGAACGUGGGAUACCAUAUCGUUUACAAGGAGGGACAGUUCUACCCUGUCAACCUGGUGAGAAAUGUGGCCCUGAGGAACGCCAACACACCUUAUGUGUUCCUGGCAGACGUGGACUUCCUGCCCAUGUACGGCCUCUAUGAUUACCUCAGAAAGUCAGUGGUCCAGUUAGACAUGGCCAACACUAAGAAGGCUCUGGUGGUACCGGCCUUUGAGACUCUGCGCUACCGCCUCUCCUUUCCCAAAUCCAAAGCCGAGCUGCUCUCCAUGCUGGACAUGGGGACCCUCUACACCUUCAGGUAUCACGUUUGGACCAAGGGCCAUGCUCCUACCAACUACGCCAAGUGGCGGACAGCCACCACGCCCUAUAAGGUGGAGUGGGAGGUAGAUUUUGAGCCCUAUGUGGUGGUGAAGCGGGACUGCCCUGAGUAUGACCAGCGCUUUGUGGGCUUUGGCUGGAACAAGGUCUCCCAUAUCAUGGAGCUGGAUGCACAGGAGUACGACCUGAUGGUUCUGCCCAAUGCGUUCAUGAUCCACAUGCCACACGCACCCAGCUUCGACAUCUCCAAGUUUCGCUCCAGCCCGGGCUACCGCUACUGCCUGCAGACCCUGAAAGAAGAGUUCCACCAAGACCUGUCCCGGAAGUACGGCGCAGCCGCCCUCAAGUACCUCACUGCUCAGAGGAACAUCUAAACCAGGACUCCCAAGGGCCACUGGGCUCCAUAUCUAGGGCCCCAACGGCCCUACUGACACCCAUGCUGCUCCCUGGCAAGUCUGAAGGGGUUUGGGAAUAUUGGCAACUAUCCUCCAAUAUCUCGACUAAUCUUGGAUAUCAAGAUGGAGCUUUAAAGUCUUGUAGAAAUUUCUGGAGAUGUGUUAAACUUUCUGGGGUGGUUUGGGCUGGGAUGAACCACCCAACUAUGCUAGAAUGGAUUAUGGCCCAAACUGGAGUAAAAAAAUGAACCAAACAGAACAGACAUGACAGUUGUCGCAAGAUGUUGGGCUCACUGGGAAGACGUUCCUCUGAGAGGGAUGAGUGGUUGACUGCUUUAAGCCAGGGAGUAAGUGAUGAUUAUCAUGAUUUGUUCUGACAAUCAGGGCCUUUUCUGAGGAAAAUACAUUUCAAACCAAUACGACCACAUGGGAUAUCUGUACCUGGAACUCAAGGACAGGACAUUUGGGAAACACAGAACUGAAAGAAAGGGAAGUUGCAUCUUCCCUGGUCUCUUCAAGGGGACGAAUCGGAAUCACGUUCGGAGUGACCAAUCGAACUGGAUAAACGUUUAAGCCUUAUAAUUUUCCAUUAUAUUUAAUAAGAUAUUUAAUGAUAUCAGUAUUUUUCUCAAUGUAAAUGAUUAGCAAUUAAUAGCAAACAAAUAUGGCAUAUAUAUGUUUUGAUUAUGAUGUUGCAUUAUAAUUACAUUCUAUUUCCUUUCUCUAUUUUUGGGUUCCCCUGAAAGGAAAGAGUAUGUCCUUGUUUGAAAGCCUCUGAAGAAUUGAGCGGGGAGAAUAGCCAGGCAUCAUGGUUAAACUGGACAUUGUGUAUGUGUGUGCACUCACUGACUAAAUGAGCUGCUCACUAAGUCACCAUGCUAUGUCAUACUACAUUCUUACCACUCAAUGUCAUAUACUUUUCUCUUUCCUCUACAUCAUACUAAUAUCAUCAUGCAUCUAAAUAAUAUAUACACACAGUAUCAGUCAAAAGUUUGGCCAGACAUACUCAUUCAAGGGUUUUUCUUUAUUUUGACUAUAUUCUACAUAGUAGAAGAAUAUAGUGAAGACGUUAAAACUAUGAACCAGCACAUAUGGAAACAUGUAGUAACCAAAAAAGUGUUAAACAAAUCCAAAUAUAUUUGAUAUUUCAGAUUCUUUAAAGUAGCCACCCUUUGCCUUGAUGACAGCUUUGCACACUCUUGGCAUUCUCUCAACCAGCUUCAUGAGGUAGUCACCUGGAAUGCAUGGAGGAUGGGGAAUAAUUUAGGUGUACCUAAUUUGUGGAAUAAAUUUUCUUCUUAAUGCGUUUGAGCCAAUCAGUUGUGACAAGGUAGGGGUGGUAUACAGAAGAUAGCCCUAUUUGGUAAAAGAAAAAGUUCAUAUUAUGGAAAGAACAGCUUAAAUAAGC